AUGCCUUGCCCUCACGCGCACCCUGUGCCGUGCUGUCUGCUCUCGCACCUCUCCGUCCGCUUGAUGCUGAGGAAGCCUCAGUGGCCGCACUGGGGGCAGCCCGGGCUGGGCCCCUGCAAGGCGACCGCCGAGGCCGCGAACGCUCAGGCUCUGGGGAGUGACUGCCACGCGCCUGUCAAGGCCUACGUGCACGACAUGUGCUCGUCGACGUCGGCACUGACCUCCCUCGUGCCGAGCAGCACUCCGGCCCAGGAGCAGGCCAGCCAGAGGGGGCGCGGAGAACCGCCUUGGCCCCGGAACCAGCAGGAGGUCCGCCAGUGCGCGCCAGCGGUGGCGGAGUGCAUCUAG